GGCUGAGCUCCAGCAGACGCCGAGCACAGGGGCUGAAGGCGGGCUUGGGUUGGGGAUGCUACAAGUCCACAUUCCUUCCGUGGGGCCGGAGGCAGCGGAGCCCGAGAGGAGCCUGGAGAAAGGCCACAUGGUGUUCAGAGUAGACGUCCUCUGCAACGGGAGGAGGCACACCAUCCAUCGGCGCUAUAGCGAAUUCCAUGCCCUGCACAAGCAGAUUAAGAAGUCUUGCAAAGUGCCUGAUUUUCCCCCCAAACGUGUGCCUAACUGGAGGCCCAAGGUUCUGGAGCAGCGUCGACAAGGCUUAGAGGCCUAUAUCCAGGGUGUCCUGUAUCUUAAUCAGGAAGUCCCCAAGGAGGUGCUGGAAUUCCUGAAACUUCGACAUUUCCCUUCAGACCCUAAGGCCAGCAGCAUGGAUGUUCAGCUACCCCACAGGCCGGUCCUGAACUUCCACAGGGAUCCAUACCUUCCAAGCCCUUCUCUAGAGCCAAUCCCCAACAUGGUGGUGAGUGGUGUGUUGCAGGGGCUCUACAGCUGCCCCACCGUGGCCCAACCAAAGGACCCCUAUUUCAUACCACCCCUACUACAGCCAGGGCCGUGAAGGGAACAGAACCUCCCCACCAGCUGUGCUGUCAACUGAACCGCUCUUCCCUGCAGCACCCUGACCCUUGGCCAAGGAGACCACAGGUUCAAAGCUCAUCUCUUCGGAAAGGACACAAUUUUUACUAAGGUGAAGCUAGGCAGGCCCCUGUUAUCCCUUCUCUUCUCCAGUUGUGAUCCUGAUUGGUGGGAGAGUACUGAAGGACUUUCCCCUGUGAGACAGGAAGAACACGGAAUAAAAGGAGAGUC